CAUAAACUUGCACUUCUGUUUUUUCAGACAGAUGAAGUGUUUCUGGAAGCUCAGAUUCAGAAUAUCACCACCUCUCCAAUGUUUAUGGAGAAGGUUUCUUUGGAGCCAUCUAUUAUGUACAACGUUGCAGAACUGACCACAGUUGACAACACAGGGGAAAGAGCAUCUACUUUUGGCUCAAGGACUUAUUUACAGCCUAUGGAUACACAUCAGUAUUUAUCCUGCCUAAAGCCAAAGCAAGAAUUUGCAGAGAAAGCUGGAGUAAUAAAAGGUGUAACAGUGAUUGGGAAACUAGACAUCAUAUGGAAAACGAAUCUGGGUAAAGGAGGAAGGUUGCAAACUAGCCAGCUCCAAAGAAUGGCUCCCGAUUACGGCGAUGUGAGGCUUUCUCUGGAGAUGAUACCAGACACUGUAAAUUUGGAACAACCUUUUGACGUUACAUGUAAAAUGACAAAUUGCAGCAGUGAAAGGACUAUGGAUCUGGUUUUAGAGAUGUGCAAUACGAGCUCCAUCCACUGGUGUGGAGUUUCAGGAAGGCAGCUUGGAAAGCUGCACCCAAGCUCAUCCCUCCACCUUGCACUUACGUUAUUGUCUUCAGUGCAGGGACUGCAAAAUGUCUCUGGCUUAAGACUUCCAGACACAUUUUUGAAGAGAACAUAUGAGUAUGAUGACAUUGCACAGGUCUGUGUGGUUUCUUCGCAAGUCAAAAAAAGUUUCCAAGGUGAAGGAGGUGGCAGGGACACUCCUUGUCACGCAGGGGAGCAGGCAGGGCCAUGCGUGGCAGUGUCAGGCGUGAGCUCAGCGUGGCGGCUACGCCAGCAGAGCUGCCCUGCACGGGUGCUUCAUGUGAGUCGUGGAUCAAGUUUCUUCCCCAAAGCAGGAGCAGGGAGGAACUGA